GAUUACCAAAACUUCCCUCCACUAACCUCUACCCUCCCUAUCCACAUAUAUAUACAAACAAUAAUUCUCCACCGGCUAGUUACUCAAAAGCUGGCAACCGAGUCAAAUGAUGCCGCCUCAUAUGCAUGGAAAUGUCAAGUCACUUUACCUUCUCACUAAAAAUGUGCUGGUCAAGCAUGUCGAUACGAUUGACGACAUCGGAGACCUCGAUUACGCACUUGUCCGUCCAGUUCUUCUCAAGAUUACUUCUCCCGUUCAGCUUAAAAAACUCGAGGCAAAUUGUCCACAAAUCCGCGGUGAAGAUAGCGAAGUUUGGAAAGUUCUUAUAGGGAAGCACUUUGGACACGGUGCUCUUCGCAAAAUGGAACUUGAGGAACCGGGGAAUUGGAGUAAAGCCUACGAUGAACUCCAAAAAGCAGCUGAUGCGGCGGCAGCCGCUGCAACCGAGACCCUCCGUGCACAUAUGACUAAGAUGUCCUCCGAGAAGCAGCAAUCCCGUGCGAAGAUGCUAGCCAGCACAGUCGGUCUCCCAUCAACCGGCCGCCCUCGAUAUGGUGGAGGUGGAGGCUGGGGCGGGACAGGAAACAACUGGUCUGUCAAAGCCGGUAGUAAAACCAAGAAUAUCAUCGAUAGGGCCCGUCGUGAAGCGAAGGAACUUAGCGUUUUCCGAGGAAGGAAUAGCGUUCUUGCGGCACCGACACAUACACUUAAGCGCCAGGAAGUUGAUGGAAAGAUGAAGGAGAAGAUAAUGAAGAAGAUGGGUGAUACAAAGGACAAAGAGGAAGGAGAGGUAGAGGCUGCUAGGAAGAGGGAUGAUAAUAUUAAUAGUAAAAGGGGAAGGGACGACGCUGCUGGUGGUGGUGACGAUAGAGGCUCAAAGUGGAUUUCCGGUGCGGACGGAAAGAAGAUUGCGGUUCCAAAGAUUGGAAAAAAUAUGUCUGUGAAUAGUAGCGAGGCCACCUCUUUUUCUCUACCUUCUGCUCCUAUCUCCACUACAAAUAUACGCCCGGGUAGAAGAGUCCCCGCAGACCCAUUAGUGAGAAGGAAAAAGCGAUGAGGUCAGUCCGUGGGUAUCACCAUGGAUAGCCAUUUUCCUGUCCCUUGAUUGUUUUUCUUUUCUUUCCCUUUCUUUCUCUUAUUUACCCGGUCGAUUGCUACUAUUGCUUUUGUAAUAUCCAUGGGCUAUUUCAUGUUCUGUAUGUCGGUAUUUUUUCUGGUGCAAGAUGGAUGGUUGGAUUGGUGGAUGGGUAGUUAUUAAAAUGGCGCUUGUGCUUUGUGCUUUUCUCUUUUUCAAUACGUUUCUUUUUCUUUUCGCUUUAUUUUUCUGCUGAUACUCUUACGGUAGAGGGGGGAGAUUAUUGGGAUGGGAUGUUAUACAGGUUCAGGAAUAGACCUUGAUGGAUUAUAAUACGGUUGUGGUGCUUCUGUCAGCCUUUUUUUUUUUUUCCUUCCUACCGUUCCUUGCGCAUUUCUCUAGCCAGCUCAGCUCAGUUCAAUUACGAAAAUGGCUUUCGCAUGG